UUUGAGUUACUGAGACUACUGCGGCUCAUGUGGCUGAUGUGAAAAUGGGAAAACAAAGCGGAUGCAAGGCAAAUUUCGGCUCGGCGUCUGGCAGAUGAUAAAUGGAUUCGAUGUUCGGCAUAUAAAUCAGGACGCAGGCGGAGAGAUUUCUGAUUUCGGAGCUUCCUCAUUACUUUCCCUGCCGCGCAUAUUUUCAUAAACAUUUUAUUUAUUUUAUUUUACGCUCUCGUGAGCCCUUUCAAGUCUGCGCUUUCCGUUGUACUGGGGGGAGUGGUGUUCGUAUCGACGACCGACACAUUGGCGACGCCAACGCGGCUACGUGGCGUAUGAUUUAUAUGCUUUAAUUAUUCAUUACGCAUACGCCGCGUAGCACACUCAUACUCACACCCGGUUGCCACAUCAAACCGUUGGUGCUGCGUUGCUGGUUUGCUGCGCCAUAAAUUGCUUUAAGCCAGUUUGGCUAAAUUACAGUCGGGAUUCAUGCAAAAUGCUUAGACAAAAGCCAUUCCAAUCCAUUUCAAAUACCACACAAAUAAUUCUUAAGCCGAUUUACCGGGGUUUUUCAUUACACGCAGCCCCUUUGAGCCAGUCCACUGGUACUGCUAAAUCUAAAGCGAGUUCCCCCUACCGGACAAUUGCAUUGGAAUCGAGGUGAACAAUCGAGGAUGGACAAAGCUCUUGGUUGGCGUAAGAGGCUUAGCAAAUGAAGCGUUUGGUUCGGUAGGAACAUGUCCAGAUGCUGGCCGCAAAAGUAACUACAAAACUCAGUGGGGUUCUAUUUUGCUAAUAUUGAUUAGUAUAUGCACAAAAUGGAGAUAAAUAAUAGAAAUAAUUCAAAUUGCAUUUCAAAUGAGAGUUAAAAAUAGAAUGUUGCCCUUUAGAUGGCAUCGAAACUAGGAUGGAUUAUGGGCUUAGAUAUACAUUUGCUAUUGACGCAGUGAAGUGCGAGUUAUAAAAUAUACAAUCUCAAAAAUCUCAAAAAUAAAAGAGCUACUGUAGAGCCACUAAUUAAAUGCAAAGCACUCAAUUAAGACCAAUUACCAAUCGAAGCCUUGCAAACCACUAAAACACUAUAAUUGAACCGAAGCCAUAUGCAACUUUCAGUCAGUCAGCCCUUUAUGCCACUUACUAAAAUCUAAUAAAGUCCUGGGCUGCAGAGCAUGCACAAAUGUAAACUAAUUCCCAAUCGCUUUGACAAGGACAUUCAUUUGGGGCACUACACUCACAUUCACAUAUGUGAGUGCUGUAACAAUUGAAAUCGAAAAACUCGUUAUGCUCCGGCAUUUCUGUGUGUGGCAAACAAAGAUGAAUGUUGGCCAUUUUCUAUUUGCAUUUUCCCGGUAACAUUUUAUUGAUUUUGCCCCCGUGUUUGUUUGUGAUAAAUGAAACAGACACACACACACACACACACACACUCUGGCAUUGCAAUCAAAUAUGAGUGGUAGAGUGGUGUGACCCCUAUGUUCGGCUUAUUUAUUAACACUUCAACGAUGCGUAAUAAAAACUCAUAAUGCAGCCAUUAUCAUAACAUACAUAAUAUGCGUUCAAUUGCCGCCAGUGCGCUUAUGCGCUAUUCAAUUUUUGAGGGCACAUAAAUUAAAGCUGGCAGCAGAUGGCAAUGGAAAUAAAUUACAAAAUUACGCUUUCCUUCCUCUCGACGCUCCAGCGUAAAAAAUAGAAAACGUUUGUUGGCAGCCAGCAAAAAACCGCAUGCCAUGGCCAAAAGAAGAAGAAGCCGCUCAGAGAUAACCGCACACACACAAAACCCACACUCGCAUAGUUUAUCAUUUGUGUUUGCCCCGAGCAAAAACUUUAAAAGUCUGCAAUUGACAUUUGGGCCAAAAAAAUGCGAAUUGUCACUCAGCCUAGAAAUGCGCGCGCAGCAGCCAAAAACAGCCGCAGACUCGGAGACUUUUACGUUGGCCGAGGAUGUGCGGGCCUCAAGGAACUCGCAGGCCAACGUCUAUCGCUUUGUGGAGGCCUUUCGCCAGCACGGGCACAAAUUGGCAGCCGUAAAUCCCAUCAGCAUCAGGACGAGCCAGCAGGAGCUGCAGGAAUUAAGUCCCGCAUUUUAUGGACUGCAGACACAGGAGCCGGUGCGCACCGAUGGCCUUUUAAGUGGUCCGCAGGUGGCCCAGAAUGUCGCCCAGCUGGAGCAGCUGCUCAAGGACAUUUACUGCGGCCGCUCAACCAGCGCCGAGUUCUCCUAUGUCGAGGACAUCGAGGAGCGCGAGUGGCUGGCAAGGAACUUUGAGACGCUGGACCAGCAGCAGCUGGCAAACAGCGAGCGUUGCGAAAUCGCCGAGCUGUUAAUUAAGUCGCAGGCCUGGGACAAUUUCAUGGCACUCAAGUUUCCCACAGUCAAGCGAUACGGCGGCGAAGGAGCCGAGUCCAUGCUGGCCUUCUUCUGGCAACUGCUCCGUGACAGUGUCCAAGCGAACAUCGAGCACGUGGUCCUGGCGAUGCCCCAUCGAGGAAGGACCCCGCUGCAGGCGGCGCUCUUCAACAUGCGGCCGGCGAAAGUUUUCCGCAAACUCAGCGGCGCAUCCGAGUUUUCCGAAGACAUCGAGGCCAUGUCCGACGUCAUAAGUCAUUUCCAUGUUUCCGAGCAGCUGGAAGUACUGGGCAAGAAGCUGAACUUCAGCAUGGUGCGGAAUCCCUCCCAUCUGGAGGCCGCCAAUCCUGUGGCCAUGGGAAAAGCGCGAUCGAAGCAGCAAGCCAGAGGUGAAGGAGCCUUCGGGGAUGGUAGUCAGCCUUUCGGAGAACACGUGCUCAACGUAAUCCUCCAUGGAGAUGCGGCGUUCGCCGGCCAGGGAAUCAACCAGGAGUGCCUCAACAUGGCCUAUGUGCCCCACUUUGAGGUGGGCGGAAGUCUGCACUUGAUUGUCAACAACCAGGUGGGAUUCACGACGCCCGGAGAUCGAGGACGAUCCACUGCCUACACCUCCGACUUGGCCAAGUCCAUUCAGGCUCCUGUGUUCCAUGUCAAUGGCGAUGAUCCCGAGGCCCUGGCCAGGAUCACAAGCUUGGCCUUUAGAUAUCAGAGGGAGUUCCGCAAGGACAUCUUCAUUGAUUUGAACUGCUUCAGGAGAUGGGGUCACAACGAGUUGGACGACCCCACCUUUACCAAUCCCUUGGUCUACAAGAUCGUCCACCAGCGGGAAUCGGUUCCGGACUUGUACGCCCAGCAGUUGGCCAAGGAGCAGGUUCUCCCGGAGUCGAAGGCCAAAGAAAUGAGGGAUGAGUACAUGAAAUAUCUGGGUGAGGAACUUGCCUUGGCUCCCACCUACCAGCCACCACCUUCCUUCUUCGAAAAGCAGUGGAAGGAGCUUCAGUUGGCUCCCUCCAAGGAGCUAACCUAUUGGGACACUGGCUUGGAUUACUCGCUGCUUCAUUACAUUGGUCAGCAGAGUGUGACUUUCCCAGAGGACUUUAACAUCCACCCACAUCUGCUGAAAACGCAUGUCAAUGCCCGACUGAAGAAACUGGAAAACGGAGUCAAGAUCGAUUGGUCCACAGCCGAAGCCUUGGCCAUUGGCAGCCUGAUGUACCAGGGACACAAUGUCAGGAUCAGUGGCGAGGACGUGGGCCGGGGAACCUUCUCCCAUCGCCAUGCCAUGCUGGUGGAUCAGCAGACCAACGAGAUGUUCAUACCCCUGAACAGCAUGGAGGGCGGAAAUGGUGGAAAACUGGAGCUGGCCCACAGUAUUUUGUCGGAGGAGGCGGUGCUGGGAUUCGAGUACGGCAUGGCCAUUGACAACCCCAACAACCUGAUUAUCUGGGAAGCGCAGUUUGGGGACUUUGCCAAUGGUGCACAGAUUAUAAUCGACACCUUUAUCGUCUCGGGAGAGACCAAGUGGAUGGAGUCCAACGCCUUGGUGAUGCUACUGCCCCACGGAUACGAUGGCGCUGCAUCGGAGCACAGUUCCUGUCGCAUCGAGCGCUUCCUGCAGCUCUGCGACUCCAAGGAAACAUGCGCCGAUGGCGAUUCCGUCAACGUGCACAUCGUGAACCCCACCACGCCCGCCCAAUACUAUCACGUACUGCGUCGCCAACUGGCAAGGAACUUCCGCAAGCCCCUCGUCGUGGUGGCCCCCAAAACGCUGCUCCGCCUUCCUGCGGCCACAUCCACGCACGAGGACUUCCAGCCGGGCACGCUCUUCCACAAUGUCCUGGGAGACACCACUGCAAAGCCGGAGGAGGUGCGCAAGGUCAUCCUGUGCAGUGGGAAGCACUACUACACUCUCGCCGAGGAGCGGGAGAAGCGUCAGGCCUACGACACGGCCAUCCUGCGCCUGGAGUCCCUGAGUCCUUUCCCCGUCCAGGAGCUGCAGGCCCAGCUGGCCCAAUACGGCAACGUGCAAUCUUUUGUUUGGAGCCAGGAGGAGCAUCGCAAUAUGGGCGCCUGGACGUUUGUGCGCCCACGUUUUGAAAAUUUAAUUGGCCAACAGCUCCACUACUGCGGCCGCUGCGAGGCACCCACACCCGCCACCGGAAUCGGAAAAGUGCAUAAACGGGAAGUUGAUGAGAUUGUUGCUGCCCCAUUUGAACUUUGAGCAUUCGAAGCCGCCUCCUCAGCCUGUCCAUAUAUCACAAAGUACUUUAGCUCAAUAAAACUGCCAAAAAUAUAUGUGUAAAAGCAGAAAA